AUCGAGGUCGCGAAGAGGAAGCUGCAGGAAGAGGGCAACUCAGCCACUCAGGAUAGCCGAUACAGAGCCGAUGAGUCAACGCGAGCGCGAAAUCUGAACCGGCCGCAGAUUUGCGGUGGCACGCACGUGCGAAUCUUUUUGAGCUGUCCCGCCACCUGCUAUAAAGGGUCUGUGGCUGGAACACCUGUGCUCUCACCGCUUUACCUGUUUCUGGCUGCGAUCAUCUUCCCCCCCACGUCUACGUCAGUUUCGCAUAUAAGGUGUCGCACCGUAUAAGAUCAAGCACCGCUACCCACCUCUACCCCGUACCACCACAAUCUCUUAAAGCCGCCCACUCAACCAAUUGCCUGUCGCUCGUAGUCUGCAAUGGAUCGCUUCCUUGCUCCCCACACGCCCGAGGCCCUCGCUCACAACCACUUGACCGAGAAUUGGUUCAACUGGGACACUGACCACCCGUCUCUCGACGAGACCCUCAUCGCUGGAUGCGCGUCCUACUCUGCUCUGAGUCGUUAUCUCACCGGAGCGGACCUUUUCCUUCUCCCGCGCUCGAGGUCCGAGCUCGAGAGAAUAUUAAGGAGAUAUUCCUACGAUGCUAUUCACAAUACAAUUGCCAGAGCGCGGUCACCCCUGGAAUCAGGAGGAUACAGCAGGAUCUGCCACCUGGCUGAAAGGUCAAUAGCUAACGUGCUUGAUGCGGGCGAUAACACGGAGACACUCCUGCGCCUGCAUUCGAGGCCUUCGGAUUCUGUGAUCAACAGUAUUGAUCAUUCGUCUCCCCGACCGAUCAGAACGAAGUAAACUGCAUUCGUCGGCAUCCAUUCAGAUAUUUAUUGCAUUGUUCUUCGUCUCCUCUGUCGUCCACCUCCUUCGUUGUUGUCUUUGUCGUGUCUGCACCGUUCAGCUGUAUCAACACCAGCAAUACUCCAGAUCGGAGUAUGGCACUCCCUCGCUGUAAUACAUGUACGUUAGCUGUAGCAUCCUUAUCUUUAUUAUCGUAUGCAUCAGAGUAUACACGCGGGUGCAUCGUCC